UAGCCUUCAGGCAGUGCUAACAGUGGGAACUGAGAGUCUCUCCUGAUCCUGCCUUGGGGCAGCAGGGGCUCCCCAAGGACAAACCAGCAGGGCCCAGUGCUUCACAGAGAGGUGGGAACAGUGGCAACCCUGGGCAGUGCAGCCUAAGGCAGAAGCCUGACCUGACAUCUUCUCCUCCUCAUGAUGAGGAUAGUUCUGCUCCCAUAAGGCAACAUGAACUUCAUGGACAUCAGCAAAAUGUUCUCCCUCCUGCAGCCCAACAAGGAGGAGGAUGACACCGACAUGGAGCAGAAGCAGGCUCUCAGUGAAGCAGUGCACAGAAACGACUCCCACACCUUGGACCAGCUUUUGCGCCAGGAGCACUAUAAACGUUCCAUCAACAGGAAGAGUGGCUGGGGCGUUCCUGGGACGCCCUUGCACUUGGCUGCUUCUUCUGGCCACCUGAGUUGUUUGCAGGUCCUCCUGGCACACGGCGCUGACGUCGACAGCUUGGACAUCAAGGCACAGACACCGCUUUUUACCGCCGUCAGCCAUGGCCAUCUGGAUUGUGUGGGCACGCUUUUGGCAGCUGGCGCCUGUCCCAGUGGAAGCAUCUACAACAACUGCUCUCCCGUGCUCACAGCCGCACGUGAUGGUGCUGUUGCCAUCCUGCAGGAGCUCCUAGGUCAUGGUGCAGAUCCAAAUGUCAAGGCUAAACUACCAGUCUGGGUGUUGAACAUGAGUUCACUUUCUGGCCCCCUGUUUUUGGCUGCAGUCUACGGGCACCUUGACUGUUUCCGCCUGCUUUUGAUCUAUGGGGCAGACCCUGACUACAACUGCACUGACCAGUACCUACUAGCUCGUGUUCCACAGCCCCGCACCGUCCUCGAAACCUGCCUCCACCACCAUUGCGAUCCAGAGUACAUCCAGCUCUUAAUUGAUUUUGGUGCUAACAUCUACCUUCCAUCUGUUCUCCUGGACCUGAACUGGAAAAAUAAUAAAGGCGCCCUGUUGUUGCUUCGAGCCCGAGCCACUCCACGAACACUACUGUCACAGGCCCGCUUAGUUAUCCGCAGAGCUCUGCACCAGGCCAGAAAGCUACAAGCCAUUGACCACCUGGAUAUCCCCCCUGCUUUGAUUAGCUACCUCCAACACAAAUUGUAAUCUUGCAGUGUACCCUGACAUCCACAACAUGCCCAAAAACCUCUUGGGGACCCAGGUAGGUAGAGGGUACUAGAGCUCCUCCCACUCACUCGGAGCUGCUUUCUUGUAUUAUCCUCUACAAUAAAAUCAUCAACAAAAU